AUGUCCGUCCAGAAGCCCCCGGCGGUGGACGCUCACGGACAUGCACCUCUUGUAGAUGGCACCCCGCCGGAGCUUGUCGAAGCCGACUUCUUGAGUGAAGUGUUGCAGGUCCAGGCCGAUGACGCCGAGUCAUUUCUCGACGAUUUGCUCGACAAGGCGGCCAGGCUGGGUAUCUCGCUGUCGCGACCGUCCACGGCCCUCUCCACGGCCGACAAGCCCACUGGGUAUAACACCUCUGGCGCCGACUCGAGUGUUACGCUAGACACGAGCCAUGCCCGGACCACCUCCACCGGAUCGCAGCGCUCAGUGAGCACCACUCUGACCGCGCCCUCUUCCACCGAUGGAAACAUCCUUAGGCACAAAACAUCAAGAAGCCUUACCUUUGCCCAAUACGAGAAAUAUCUCAGCCAGAUAAAUCCUAAUCUCAACCAGCCCAAAUUUCUCGCUGAUGCCCCCCCCGAGAGAUACACGCCCGUGAGUCUAUUCAGCGUCAGCACCGAAAAGAGUUAUCUCGGCAUCAGAAAUGGCUUGUCCAAAAUGCGCCGGAGGCGAAAACCAUCUUCCUUUUCCGAAGCAAUGACCAUCUGCUGUAGCGCAUGUCGGGAAGACUUUAAGCGCGAUCAAUCCCUCGAGAAACUACCCUGCGGACACCGGUACUGCACCAAGUGCUUACGAAUCAUGAUAAUUCAGUCUGCUACGGACGAGUCUAAGAUGCCGCCGCGAUGUUGCACCCAGUCUAUACCAGGUCAAGUCGUCAAGUCCAUCUUGACUCGCGAAGAGCAAAGCGUGUUUUUGAAAGCAGUGCUGCAGUUUAGCACGCCGUGGGAAGCUCGGGUGUUCUGCUGCAAUCCUGCCUGUGGCGAGUUCAUUCCUCCGAGGAACAAAAUCGACCCGAAGUAUCCUUCCCAGGCCACUUGCCGUAAAUGCCGGACCAGAGUGUGUGUCAUGUGUAAGAGAAGUGCCCAUCCUCUGGGUCAAGAUUGUCCCGACGAUUGGGAACUGGAUGCGGUGUUGAAGAUGGGCGAGAGGUCGGGGUGGAGGCGUUGCUACAAAUGUCGAACAUUGGUUGAGCUGACUCAAGGUUGCACGCAUAUGACAUGUCGCUGCAGGGCCCAGUUCUGUUACAUAUGUGGCGCAGUGUGGGAGCCGGCGGUAGGAUGUCCCAACUUCUGCAAUGGCGAGGCGGAGAUGGAGCGACGGCGACAAGAGGAACAAGAACGGAUGACAGCCUUGGAAGCCGAGGAGGCCGUAAAACAAGAAGCCGCGGCAAAAGACAGGGCCGAGAGGCUUGAGGCCGAAAAGCGGACCAAGGAGUCGCCCGAAUUUCAGGCAUUGCGAGCUGACCAAAAGCAAGAGAUGACACGCUUCCAAAUGUUCGAGAGGAAAUCGAAAUGGCUCAUGUGGACGCGGCACGCCCAGCAAAAACUCGCUUUGGUGGAAAAACACUCGGCCAUGGUAGAUAAGAUGAGCGAGCGACAUGCCAAAACUUCGGCGAACCUCGAGGAUCGACAAGUCGUGGCCGAGAUGGAAUUGCGGUCUACGCUCGAGCAAAGCGAACGGAAUGUGCGCAUCCGACUGAAGUAUAUGGAGGCCUACUGUGACGGGCUGGGACAGAAGCCCAAUGCGAGCAUGCCUUCACGAGUGGUUACCGAACGAGACCUUCGUGAGCUCGGCCAACAGUACAAUGUCGAAAAGAACAUGAAGCAAUUACACCAAGCAAAAAUCAAUGUCAUGCGCGAUCGACAGGCUAAAGCUUUGGAGGAACUCCUCGAACGCCAAGAAAAGGAGAUGGACCGAUUGGUCGAAAAAAAUAAUAAGGAGAUCGAGAACUUGGAAUCGGACUUUGUCGACGAGGAAGACAUUCUGACCAUGACCUUUAACCGACGCCGAAGCACCAUCGAAAAGCGCUGGGAGCUCUCAAUGAAGAUACUCCGAAAAGAGAUGGAAUCCGAGAAAGGAGGAAGAUUUUCCGUCUUGGAACCAUUGGAAUGGCCAUAUGGGAAGGACUUGCUUGAUGACGGCCUCUCACCCGUCGAGGAAUGA